UAUACAGAAAUAAUAAGAAACGAACUGUUAUUGUAAAACGGCUGGAAAAUCGCCGUCAUAAUUCUUACAAAAUGACUAAAAGCUCCGGUAAAUGCGGCUGCACUAAAUGCGCACGCAGAAAGCGCAAGAAGGAGGUUAAGUCAGUUAUUACCGAAGAAAUGGCGUACCAGCAUCAGGAUAAAAUGGCGCCCACUGUGGAAGAAAAUAAAAUAAAUUUAGAAACUGGACAGGUUAAUAACCUAAAUGAAGAAGAGUACAGCCACCUUGGGGAUUACAGAAAAUUGCAACAAACGGACUUAACCGAGCGAGCCUGGUGGACUGACAUGACUCAUCGGGUGUACAUGCCUCCGCUGAUGCUGCAGAAGCCGUCUUCCAAGCCAACUAGGUCCGAGUGUUCAUCAGCAACUUCCGGCUUCAGAUCUGCCCGACCAGAAACACCCGAUCCGCCUUCAAGUUCAUCUUCCUUAAUCUCUGACGCUUCAGAGUACAAGUCAUGCUUAAGCUCAAUAAUCUCGGAAGAAAUUCCCGAAAAUUUAAAAACAAAACCCGAGUUACCGGUGGUAAGAAGUAAGUCUCAGCCGUUGGGCCACCAGCCAAGCCCAAAAGAAUUGAGAGAACUGCAAAUGAUAGCCAGCAAACGGAAGAAGACUCAGAUUAAGAAGCGACCUGUUUGUAGAACCACCAGCCAUGCUACAGACAGCUUCAGUAACUGCGUUAAGUGUUCAAGGAUUGUGUCUAGGCCUUUUAAAAAAAUGCAACACCAAUUUCCGGGAAAUUACUGACUCCUAAUGUAAGAAGAUAUGAAAAAUAUGAAUAAAUAAAAUUUUUAGUGAUAGAUAUGUAACCUCAUUUGUUCUUUAAUUUUCUCCACCGACUUCCUAGUGUACUUUAUUUAAAUCUUCUGAAAUAUGCAUGACUCUAUAUCCGUCUUGACAGUAGCACACGUGCUUUUAGCAGUAUUAUGAAAUAGAGUAGUGUUACAAGAAGAAGAAGAAGAAGAAGUCAAGUGGAGGAGUUGUCUGAUUAUGGUUGACAUUAUCUCGCUUCAGAGGGACUGGUAUGGAUAUCCGAUAUAGAAGACGGAGAAUAGCCGCGAGAAUAAAUAGGAAGAAGACAACUUAAUGGUGGAGCAACUCAGUUUGGAUCUCUUCGUGCACCCUUGACUUAUAUAUCCAGCGUUGUUUAAAAUAAAAUAAAAUAAAUAAGAAUAACUUUGGAUAAUCGGGAGAGUCCGGUUCUUCUCGUUGUUAUACUCACAACCUCCCCGGCAUACCGUUUUAGUUUUAAGACGGUAACGUCGUGUAAGUACGCUAUUUUGAGUCACCUCGCACUAAAUAUGGUCAGAUGGGUGAGUGCGGGUUGUAGAAAACCAGGCGGAGCAUCCCCUGGUUGUCUUGAUAUACAUAGUGGGGGCACAACAGCCCAAAGUUACUUAGACAAGUUCAGCUCUAUCAGUUGGACAGUUGGUUCUGUGUAACCAUCUCGCACCAUCCAAGUUUUUGAAUACCAACUGUAAACAUGGUAAG